AUGCAAGACACUGACGGGGAACCCUGUGGCAGUGACUCGGACGCACCGUACUGUGCGACCAUCUCCCUGUAUUGGAGCGACUACUACUACACGCACUGGGAGUGCGCCACACUGUCCGCCGAGGCGGUUACGAUCCUGGCCAUCCCAACCGUCACUGGCCACGGCGAACCUUCGACGCAGUACCUCAACGCAGCUUUUUCCGAUCCCACUGCAAGUCCCUCGGGGGGAAGCGGCGGGGGCAACGGCACCAACGGCGAUGACUCGUCCUCCAGCCAGGGCAGCGGCUCAGGCGGUGGUGGCAACAACAUCGGGACCAUCAUCGGGGCCGUUGCGGGCGUGGUCGCCGCCCUCGCCGCGAUCGGACUGUGGAUCUGCACCAAACACCACUUCCAUAGGCAGCGACAACACGAUCGAAACCUGGGCGGGAGUGGAGACAUGGUGGUGCGGAACAACCGCGACAUGAUGACCGUGGCCGGGCAGCUUGAGCGUGGCGGACCCGUGAACGUCUACGUCAACCAGCUUCACUACUACGACCAUACGGGAAGGGGAGGUCCGCUGAGGUUGGCGAGUUGA